CCAAUGCGACAGAAAAGCUGGACUCUGGGGUUCUGUAUCUGCCCUCCACACACAGAUGAGGACACACUGGAACAGGCAUCUUGGAGUUUUCUGAAGGAUCUGAAACGUAUCACGGACAGUGAUGUAAAAGGAGAGCUCUUUGUAAAGGAAUUAUUCUGGAUGCUCCGUCUGCAAAAGGACAUCUUUGCCACCCUUGCUACGCGGUUCCAAAAAGAAGUUUUUUGUCCCAACCAAUGUGGCACGAUGCUGCAGACUCUGAUCUGGUGUAAUAAGUGUGAGAAGCAGGUCCACUCUUGUCGGAAAUCCAUGGAUUGUGGGGAGCGCAGGAUAGAGGUGCAUCGCAUGGAAGACAUGGUCCUGGACUGCCAGCUCAGUUGGCAUCACGCUUCUGAGGGACUUACGGAGUACAGUUUUUACAAGGUUUGGGGGAACAGUUCUGAGACCUUGAUGUCCAAGGGGAGAGAACCCUACAUGACCAAGACGAUGGUGGGUCCAGAGGAUGCCGGCAACUACCGCUGCGAACUGGGAACCAUCAAUGCUGGUCCUGCCACUAUUAUCCAUUUUCGUGUCAUAGUAUUACCCCAAAGGCCAUUAGAGGAAAAACCGGCACCAAACAUCAUAAUCCAGGAGGAGGAGACCCCUGGCCAGGUGAUUUCUGGGACCCCGGAAUCCAUAAUUACGAUCGCCCAUCAACCGAAACCAUCGGGAAAUCUGAGACAUCGACUCUUAAUACUGUUGAUCCUUGGCUUCGUAGUUCUGGUGGCCAGCAUCAUUGCCUCGGUACUUCACUUUAGGAAAGCUAGAGCUAAAUCGAAGUCCUCAAGUUUAGACAUCAAGUCAUCACAGACGGAAUUCAAGUCGUCAGAGCUGGAGAGGCCCUCUUUCCAGGUGGAGCCGGAAUUGCAGCUUGAGAGUGGCACUGAGGACACAGAGGAAAAGGCCGAGGAAUCAGAGAGCCAAUAAAGAUUUGACCUGUUGUCUUAGUA